AGGAGCCUUCCAUUCACAGUUGCACCCUGAUCGCUGAAUGGUAGGGGUGCCUGCCCAAUCCUCUUCCUCUACAGCAGGAACCAGCCACCUCUAAACAGCAAACCCUCAAGCAUCACUUCUAGGACCUGAGGAUCGCCCCGGUCCUUCCUCUGCUGCAGAUGGGCUCUCCUGUGCGCAUGGCUGCCCUUCCCUGCCUGAGUCUGAUCCUGCUUCUCUGGAGCCAGGGGCCAGGGGUCCAGGGCCAAGAAUUCCAAUUUGGGCCCUGCCAAGUAGAAGGGGUAGUUCUUCAGGAGCUGUGGGAAGCCUUCCAGGCCAUGAAGGACAUUGUGCAAGCUCAGGAUAAUAUCACGAGCGUCCAGCUGCUGCGGAAGGAGGUUCUGCAGAAUGUCUCGGAGGCUGAAAGCUGCUACCUCAUCCAUGCCCUGCUGGAGUUCUACUUGAACACUGUCUUCAAAAACUACCGCGAUAAGGCAGUUGAAUUCGGGAUCCUGAAGUCAUUCUCUACUCUGGCCAACAACUUUAUUGUCAUCGUGUCCAAACUGCAACCCAGUCAGGAAAAGGAGAUGUUUUCCAUCAGUGAGAGCGCACACAGGCGGUUUCUACUGUUCCAGCGAGCAUUUAAACAGUUGGACAGAGAAGCAGCUGUGACCAAAGCCUUUGGAGAAGUGGACAUUCUCUUGACCUGGAUGGAGAACUUCUACCAGGUCUGAAGGCCUAGGCCAGGACCUCGUUCUCUGUGUCAUUUCAAACAAGCGUUCGUCCCCAUGAUGUUCUCUGGGUGCUUCACAUCCUUGACAAUGGGCCCCAUCCUUGGCACAGGCUUAUCCUCAAAGACUUCAUUCUUUAAGGGACACCAACAACAGUCGUGGAAGGUUCCCUCGGGUGCUGCGAAUAACCUACAAAGCAGAUUCCUAUAUUUAUUACAACGCUAUUUAAUUCCUAUCAGUGUUUUAACCGAUGCCUUAUUUAUUUGUCAGAAUGAAAGUUCUGUGAAGGCAGCAAGGACAGUGCCCCACGCUUCUCUCUGAUCCUCCACAAUCUUUGCCACCACGUGGGGUAGAGGAUGGGUGCUCAGUAAAUGCUUAAUUGGA